GCGAUAGUUCCUCAGUGGGUCGCGGAGCAGUAUGGCAGCCGUCGCGCUGAGGUCCUGCCGCAGAGGACUUUCACAGAUUUUAAGCAAUGGGGCGCUCGCAACUCUGUCCUCAAAGCGUCUUGAAGGUUUGUAUAGGUCUCCUCUUCAGAUUAAUUUAUCGCACAGUGUUUGAGUUUCACAUAAGGGCGUUUAAACGGCGAGGAGGGGGUGUGGCUCACAGACUGCGUCGUCUUAGAAAAUUUAGGGCAGUAAGUGCUGCGCCGUUUGCGCCUAUGCUCUGUCUUUUGCGCCGUCUACCAUAGUUCUUGUUGACUGUGAAACGCUUAGGGAUGAAUCUGUUUAUCCUCUGGGGUGUAAUAAUGCAUAAAAUAUCUCAAUGUUUAGUCGACAUUAAACAAUCCCACGUGAGUCCCCAUGUGCAGUUCUUGUAACUUGCACCAGAAGAAGCCUUAACCUAUUUAUAUAGUAUCUAGUAUUCUUGUAUCCAGCCAAUAACCUGUAACAUACUGUAAAUCAAGUUAUUUACAUACCAUGUUUUGCCACAGCCGUUAUACUUUGCUCUGUGCCAACCAGGAGACAGGAGACACAAGUCCACAGUUCAGUAUGCUUCACGACCUGACCUCCCGAAACUGGCCUACAGGAGAGUGAAGGGGAAGAGUCCAGGAGUGGUCUUCCUCCCAGGAUAUGGCUCCAGCAUGAAUGGGCAGAAAGCUGAGUCACUAGAGGAGUUCUGUAGGUCACUAGGACACUCAUACCUUAGGUAAGUCAUCUAACCACACCAACAAAGAGGGAUGAAUGCUAGAACUGUGCCAUACUCAUAAUUUUCCAGAUUCGGAUGAAACAAUCGAACCUGGUGUGAUCAUCUUGGAUUUUCAGGGACUGAGAAACAGGUUUACUAACUAACACAAUACAUGUUUCAAUGUUGCACUGAUCAUUGCAUCUACCUGAGCGGAUCAUUUUUAAGAGUGACGAGAGAUUGCAAGGAGAAACACUUUAAUACACACAAAAGUACACAAACGAGCUUACACUCAACAGUAGCAUUCUCCAGCAAGUAUGGAAUGAUUUAUUAUUUGAGUGGUUGGUUAUUUUUCUGUAAAAUAUCUAAUGAAAUGACCAGGUUAAGUUCAAACACAGUUCACAUACCUGACUACAGAAACAGAUGAAAUAUUACCACCAGGUUUUGUUUCAAAUAGAUAUUGCACCACUUUCCACCAGAGUACAGUUGUAAAAACAGACUAUACUUAAGCAUAUUUGCUUGCUGAGAUUAGAUAUUGUUUUCAAAUGUUUUAUGCCAUAUCUCACCAAGUUAUAAGAGUAUGCAAUUUCAUCACUGAAGCCUUGAAAUCUUAAAAAUCAACACAAAGUUGGUUGUACUCAAAGGAACCUCAUAACAUACUGUACACUGACCACCCAAAGUUUAUGAAAAUCUAAUGUAAUUCAAUACAAAAGCUCUGCCAUAGAUUUUACUUUCAAGAGGCUUCCAAUUGAUUAAUUUUUGUGUUGAUAUGAUCAGGAAGGUGAAUAUUGUGUUUUAUAUUUAGCAUUGAAGGUGUACUGGAGUGAGUUGUAUUAAAAAUAAUUUCUUAAAUCUUCAUUAACAAGCACAAGGGGAGCAAAAUCUAAACACCUUUUAAUACAGUUCAUGCUAGCACACCACCAACGACCACUACAGUUCAACAAAUAAUUUAGAGAACAAUCAUCACCUGUCUGACCAUGUCAACAAAAACUGAUCAAGUUUAGAGCUGUUGCAUCAAAGUUGCAUGAUAUCGCACAGGUGUUCAUCGUAUUAUUGGUGGUAGAUGUAUAGUGCCAUUGAGCAGUGAUGGAAUAAAGUGUCCAUGACUGUUUGUAUUAGACUAUGAUUAUCUGAGUAUCAAAAAGUCUUGUCUUUUUCUUUCUGGCAAAAUAUUCCGCCUGAAAUACCAAGACGAAGAAGAAGCAGGUUAUUUUUAUGCAAAAAAAAAAAUAAUAAUAAUAAUUUAUCGCUAAGAGUGUCUGAAUGUAAAAUGCUUGCUAAGCGGAGGAUCAGACUUAUCAUGCUUCACAGUAACUUCCUGUCCUUUAAGGCCAUCCUAACUGAAAAAGCUUUACAGAUGGGAGGAGUGAAAAAGGGAGCAUUUGUUUCAAAAUUCUGACCACUAAAUAUUUCUAUUCUAACUCACUGUAUCUUUAAUAAUCUUUUAAAAACUCCUUUGAGUGAUUAAAGCUCCUGUGAGGGACUUUCAGUAUGUCAGUUUUGGCACCUUGUGGUUGACCUAGCGGUCUUUGCUUACCUUGUCUUUGACAUACUUGAGUAGUGUUAUCUGACAAAAUCUCAUCCUGCUGACUGUUGAUUAUCAAACGUGUCAUAUUCUGUAAAUAUUUAAUGUUAAAAAUAAAAAAAGAGGGCCUUUUCUGCAGCGGCUCCACUGACACCUCCACCUUCUGUCAAAAACUCCCCACUGGAGUUUUAAAUAAUUGAAAUCCAAAACAAUGAAUCAUACUAAUAGACCAUACAGCUUCUUAGUUUUUUUAAUUAGUUAAUUUAGCUUAUUCAUCGUGUCAUGCACUCAAAGGGUGACGAGCCUGUUUUGACUGACAAGACACGGGGAGAAAAGAAAGAGUAGUGAAAUUAUGGUACAGAUCAAACAGUAAUCAAAAGUAAGCAAGAGCACAAUGUUGCAUGUCAGACGUAGGCCCUCCAUCACUUCUUUUGGAAUGAUGACCCUAACUUCACCCAAUAAAUCAAUUAAACCAUUAAAAGUGUCAUCUCAUCCAGCUGGAAAGUAUCAAACACAAACUGAGCAAGUUUUAAUAUUCAUUGUGUAAGUAGGCACUUAAGUCUUUUUCUUUUACACGUUGAAUAUAAAUCAGGAUGAUUUUAAGACAUUUUGCUCAAAAGCUUACACCAGAGUUCAUAAUAUUAGGGGCAUAGAAAUAACUUUCUAUCCUCCUCUGGUAUUGUGUGAAAGUGACCUGUGGCCAAAGUCAGAGGAAAAAGACCACAUCUCAGCUGAGCACAGGCAGACCCUCACAGUCUGGUUAGUUUAAGGGUAACAUAGAGUUCUGGUUCAUGCAAGAGCAACUCCUUGCACAUGCUAGUGGUUAUAGCUGGCGGUGAGUUUCCUAAAGUGAUAUCAUCCUUUAAAUUCUACAUUGAAGAGCAGUUUUGUUCAUAUUCUCUUGGUGGUUGUGCUUUCACCAUUUUUUACUUAUUUUAAUUCAUAGAUCCAUUUUGUUGAAUAGACUUAAUCCCAUCUUCACUUGAAAUAUAACCUAUUGAUUUUACUCAAAAUAUCACAAAGAAAACAAAAUGGUCCCUGCUCUCUCAUGUCUUGCCUAUGUUUCUACCCCCUGAUACUCACAUACUCAUGCUUUGUUCUAUUUCUGUUUUCUUAGGUUCGACUACACAGGACAUGGGGCCUCAGAGGGAGUACUAGCAGAAGGAACUAUUGGCACCUGGAAAAAAGACGUCCUUUUUGUGUUGGAUGAGUUAGCAGAGGGGCCACAGGUAAAUAUUUCUCAGGGUCAUGACCCUCAGCAGUGCACUGGUCUGAAGUAAUCAAUGAAGUUAUGAAAACUUUGUUCCAAAGAAAAGAGCGGGUAGAGUUGGUUCCUAGAACAGAUUCAGACUUACUGCAGUAACAGAUUUUUGUCCAGUUAAAAAAUGAUGUAAUACAGUAAAUUAUGCUGUCAGUUAAAAACACUGAUGCAGUGGGAAAGAGCUUUGAAAUAUUCCUAGUGUGCAUGCAUUAAAUUACAUAAUUAGGAUGUUUAUGAAAAGCAACCACGUUGUGAUGCUUCUUCUAGCAAUGAAGGGGCGAGUUUAUCUGUGGAACAACUAAAAUAGAAAUCAACCAUUGUUAUUAUUUACAUGCUGUUUUUUUUAGCAUUAGUCUCGCAGUCAACCUGUUUUUACUAAAGUCAAAGAUAUUUUCAUGUUUGUGUGUGUAACACCUCUGUAUUUCUGUUUAAACCAUUCAAACACAUGCAUAGGAGUUCAAUGGUUCCUUUAUUGCUAUAGAGAUCAUACAGGUAGGCCUACAAAAUAUGCUGGGUUUUUUUAAAUCACAAACAUCUGAACUUCCACAGGAUUCCUGUUUUUGCUUCAUUUUUUUUACAGCAGCCAAAAGAGUAGAACAACCACAAAAAAGAGCAGCAAAGACUAACAGAAAGCUGAAAGCUGCCUCUAACAUAAUAAAACUCUUGCGUUCUAAUAGCAUGGCUUUUAGCCUUACUAUGACUGGUGAGACUGAAGGCACUCAAUAACUCGCUCAGUUCUUUGAUGAUUUUAAGAGCACCUGUUAGAGGUCUCUGGUCAUCAUUUAAUGCAUUCUUGUAAGAGGGUUUCAUUAAUUAUUCACUGUAUAUUACUCAGAUGAUGGCAUCUCAAGCAAGUUUGUGAACACUGAGCUUUAUUCUCAAUUACUCUGUGUUAAAGUCAAGAUUUUAAUAAUAUAGUUUUAAAGAGCGCGUAGUUACCUUCAUGAAAAGGUUCCUUAUUGUACCUUAUCCAAACAUUUCUAGGAACAUACUUCAUAUUAUCCAGUCCUCCACUUUCACCACAGUGUACUGAGGGCUCGAUGUUUCUACAUAAUGGGUCUGUAACGUGCAGGUUGAAUCAUGGUUGGCUCAAAAUAACAUCUUUUACGAAACUCAAUCAUACUCUGGACAUAGAUAAUGCUGUUAAGAGAAUAUUAACCAAUAGGCUAGCUGUAGGUGACAACAAACUAAAUAUAAUUUCAAUGGUGAGGGACAGUCCGUGUUUGUAUUUUAUUUUUUAUACAUGAAUCAAGCUUGGCUUUUUGUAUUAAGGUACUUUUAAAAAUCUUGUUCAAAGAAAUUCAUAGUUAAAGUAGACUUUGUUUUCAACGGUCAUGUCUUGUACUCAUUGUUUGUUACACUUUACAUCCACAAGAUGGCACUGUGCAACCACUUUUUUUAUUGUAACUGCAGCGAUUGUACCGCAUAAGUCUAUCUUUGUGGAGUUUCUUGAGCUCCAGUUGUUUAACAGCCUAUAAACUGUGUUUUUGCACAGAUACUUGUGGGUUCCAGUAUAGGCGGUUGGCUCAUGCUGCUGGCAGCUAUUGCAAGACCAGAGAAGACUGCAGCACUUGUGGGCAUCUCUACCGCUGCGGAUCACAUCGUCACUUCAUUUAACACCCUUCCUAUUGAGGUAAGAUCAUAUAACCGUAUCACACAAAUCACUUUCAGUGUUUUAAUUAAGAUGUCUAUCUGAAAUGGAUCUCUCCAUGUUUUAAUGUGCAGACCCGCAAAGAGUGUGAGGAGAAGGGGGAGUGGACAGUGCCCACCAAACACACAGAGGAGGGUUUGUACAAGUUUAGCAUGGACUUUCUGAAGGAGGCAGAAAAUCACUGUGUGCUCCAGAGUCCCAUCCCCAUCACAUGUCCCGUACGGCUCAUUCAUGGGCUCAAAGAUGACGAGGUCCCCUGGCACAUCUCCAUGCAGGUGGCAGAACGCGUCCUCAGCCCCGAUGUGGACGUCAUCCUCCGACGACAUGGCCAGCACCGCAUGUCUGAGAAAGACGACAUCAAGCUCAUGGUGUACACUAUUGACGAUCUCAUAGACAAGCUGACCACUUUGGUCUGAGUGCAGGGCGUGGGGAAGAGAGCUUGAGAGGUUGCUGAGAUAAAGAGAAAAGGACUUUGUUUACUUUGCAGUCAACCCUCAAGAAAUGUACCAAACAAUGGCAUGUGUCUUCGCCAAAUACCACCUUUUAUCCACCUCUAUUCUCUCUGUACUUCACUGGUUAUUUCAUCAUGCCGUUACAGUGCAAACUACACUAAGGGGCGCUCUGCCGUUAGCUGAUCCCUUCUAUCUUCAGGUUGCAUCUGUAUGUAUCCCUGGUUAUUAUAUGGAGUGUUCUGUUGGCCUGCGUUAGGUCUGUCGUUGCUGCUGUGUCUGCCGCUGUUCUUAUCAUAUAACUGUUUCCCCUCCCUCUUUACUUAGACGCUUAGUUUUCCCCGUGCCUUUUUUAAUCACUUUUCAACUGUUUUGGCCAAUAAAACCUCUGCACAUAA